UUUUCCCUUUAUGUUAAAGUUGGUAAUGAGCGAAUGGAUCAUGAGGCACUAUGGAAUGCGUUUAGUAACUUCGGGCCUUCAUGUGCUUUUGUGGAAUUCCAAUCCCAAGAUGCUUAUCAACGAGCACUCCAGCAAAGACAGAUUUCUGUUCCAGGUUUUGGAAAUGAAACUGUUGUAGUUGAAGAACGACAAGAGCGGCGCAAGGACGAUAAUAACCGAUAUCGCAGCAAUCGGCAGAGCUAUGACAACCAUCAACGUAAUUAUGGUCAAGCUCCACACAAUACACACAACGGGAUGAAUUCACAACGUGGAGGUAGAGGUGGCGAUAGGCGUAAUGUUCCUCGUCCUCCUGCCAAAUCUCCUUCUUAA